AAUUUAGACUAGUUUGCUUUUUUUUUCUUUUCAUCAACGUAAUUUGUAUUGGCCAAUUGGUUUAUUGUCUUUGUACUCAUACUUUUUUUGGUCUCAGACCAUUCGAUUUUUACAACUUCAACUUUCAAAUAUCCAUCCACUUUACCAAAUCAAUCAAUCUAUCAUGCCUUAUCAUCGACCCACCAAUAUCUCUUGUUCAAUCUAUCCACUCGAUCAUCCAACUCAUCCAGUCGGUUUACCAGCUCAAGAACAUCAUGUUCAUUUAGCUUCAUCUUCCAUCACAGGUGCUAUUCAACAAAUCGCCACAAUUGAAUCCACACCAGAUACGACAUUUGAAAUCAAUGUAGAAUUAGAACCUACUUCAUAUUCAUUGGCUCAUCGACCUGAAUCACCAGAAGAGAUGGAUGAUUUUUUAAUUUUUAUAACACUAGAUGGAGUUGAAGUUCAAAGAUCAAAACGUCAUCGAUCUCAACGUGGUCCGACUCGAAUCUCUGGAUGUUUUACAGAUGAUGGUAGAAGUCGAAAGUUUCAGUUUGCUAAACUUACUUUAGUUGAUCCGGAUGAUCCGAUUGAAGGAAAUCAAAAUGAAAAAAUCGAAUCUAAGAUUUGUAUGGAUGAAAAGAUUUGUCAAGCUUUAGGUACGAUUAAAGUGGAUAUCGUUAGAUGUCGUUUAAGUGAAAAGAAACCUAUCAAUCCUCGUCAUUCGAAUUCCAAUAACAAUAAUCAUCAUAAUAAUCGUAGACCUGGUAAAGAUUUAAAAACUACUAAUCAAAUGACCUUUUCAGAAAGAACUAAAAAAGUUUUGUUAAGUGAUACCGCUGGAUUAAGUGAAGCUAGUGUGGUGGCUAAUGGGAAUCGAGCUUCAGCUUUUAAUGGAACUAAACGUUCG